AUUUUCUUCAUCCAGCAUGGCCGCGCUGUAUGAGGGUUUCACGUUGUGCGGACUUGUACAAAGUCGAAAUGCUUUAGAUUCGGCAAUUCAGGGAAUUGAACUGGAUGGAGACAGUGACCAUGCCGUCGUCACCGAUUCCACGCGAUCUGUCACUUUAUACAAGGUAAUGUUGACCAAGAGAAGGGACUGAAAUGUUGAACCAGUUCAGCUGAUGGGAUGAUGGCACACUCGUGUCCAUUGCAGGGGGGGAGAGGGAGAGUCCGACGUGUUUGAAAAUAUAGCUAACUAACGUUACAUAUAACAUUUGCAAUGGUGUUCAACAACUAUCUAGCUACAAAUCUGCGUAUUCAGAAGGUUUACUUGAAUCAAUCGACAUCCACAUAGGUGGACAUCCGCACUCUUCCUAUUCCUUCAAUUUGAACAGUACUAACGUUACUAGAUAGCUGCUUGGCGUGGGUUUGUUUGGUUUAGCUGACGUUGGUGCCACUGUCAAAGGUAAUCACACUCGUCUUGUAUUUGAAAAAUAACUUAACUUACCGCAAUAAUAUGACAAAGGUUGUUUGUGUUGGAAAAUGCAUGUGUUGUUUACUUAUGAUGUGCUGUGUUGACAGGUUUCAGACCAGAAGCCUCUGGGUAGCUGGACGGUGAAACAGGGACAGUUGUUGACUUGUCCUGCAGUGUUCAACUUUCAGACCAACGAGUAUGUAGUCGUUUCAGACAACAAGGUAACACUUGUGGACCCUUUCCACAAACAUAAACUAAACACAUUUAAAACAUCUGGACUUGAAAAUUGGACUUGAUUCUUUAAAUAAAGUGGUGGUCUACAUGUUGUCCAUGGUCAAUAAAUGUUUUCUCACUAGGUCAUCAGAGUUUGGAAAGAUGAAGACCUCAAUUUAGACAAAGCAUUUAAAGCAACUGUAAGUAUGAGCUCUCAAGCUCGCGCUCUUUCUGAAGAGCUCAAUUUAGACAAAGCAUUAAAAGCAACUGUAAGCAUGAACCCUCUCUCUCCCCCCUUCUCUCACACACACAAUUUCAACCUCAUCUGCUUUGACAUGUUUGUCAAUAUGGUGACAUACUCUGCAAAUGGCAAAUUAACAUGUACUGUGCCAGUGAGAAGUAAUUGUACCAUAAUUUAAUCAAAUUAUGCCAUACAUUUCCUUUUUAUCUCAGGCUUUCCUCUGGCUUUGCAGUCAUUUUGCUAUGUCUCGUAGUUAUUGGUCUUAACUACCUCUGUGUCUAUGUCUCUUAGGUAUCUGCUGAUGUAUGGAGGGUCCACUCUGCCCCAGGGGGAGAGCCUGUGGUGCUAUUCCAGAGAGGGGCAGUCAGACUCCUGGACUCCCUCCUCUCCGCCCCCCAACAGCCCAUAGAAGACGUCCUGUCAGAGGAGGAGGUCAUAAGGUCAGACAAUGGACACUAGUUUGUAUUAGCGAUCCAUAACCAUAGGGUCGGUUGGCUUUAGACCCACCACUAUGGAGGCUGGUUGGCUUAUUCUUAUCCAGAGCCAUGGAUAUAAAAAAAAUGUAUAUUGUUAUUUUAAACUUGCAACCAUAUUAAUUUACCGUUAGUCAGACUAUAAUAAUUCUGUCCAUAUUGCUGUCAAUACUUUGCUCAUUUGAGUAAACAAUAGUUUGUUGUGUGAGAUGCACACAGUUGACAAUGUCCUCAUGUUACCCUAGGUGGAGCACCAGCAUCAUAGCUGAGAAACAACAUGUUGUCCUCUUCACGACAGAGCAGGUAGAAUAUCCUUUCCUUGCGGUACACCAGUACACUGAAUAGCCGUGUACUCAAUGACCUGCCAUGAGCAGGCAUAAACGCGGUGCCAUUUGCAACAUGCUGUAUUUUGUGCACGUAUGAAUUCUGUGCCACACUGUCGUGUUUAACAUGGCUUCCCUGUUGUCCGUCACAGAAAGGGGAGCACUUCCUGUAUGUGCAAAGGCUCAACCUCAACACCCUACAGAAGUAUAGGCUGGAGAGAGAAGACUCUGGAGCGCCCCCGUUGAGUUUCUCUGCCUCUCUCCGGGACAAACACAUCAACCUGCUCUACCUGUGUGAGUAUGGCCGUCACUUCCCUGCCAAAGUAGUAUGUUAUAGAUGUUAAUGUAAUAUUCUAGUUAUCCCCCCAGAUAACUAGAAUAUUGUUGAAAUGGUACUGCAUUCGAUGUCAAUGAAGCACUUCACAAACAAUGAAACACAGUUGUCUGUCAUCGUAGCAACAGCCUCAUGAAAGCACUUAGGGUUUUUAUGAGGAACUUGCUCUCUCAAUUAUGUGAUGGUGGCAUAAGGCUAUGAUUGACCUGACUUGCAUCUCUGUCUUCUAUCUCGCUCUUUCUUUUCUCCAGACCCUAACGGCUGUGUGUACCAGAGUGUGGUGGCGGUGCAGGGGCAUGUGGGGCUGGAGGAGGAGGGGGUGCAGGCCCUGCCCCGUAGCCUGCGGCUGAGGCUGCCCGUGGGGGAGGGGGAGCUGGGAGCUGCCUCGGCAGUGGCCCUGGACGAAGCUCAUGUGGCUGUGGUGGGGGUGCCCCAUCCAUCCGCCAGGACUGGCAAAGGUAAAUAUUAGGGUUAGGGUCAGUGCCAUGUCAAUUCAGGAGCUAAACUGAAAUGUCCAUUUUCCUCAUGUGGAAAAUUUGAAUUGUAGUUUACUUCAUGAAUUGAUUGAAUUAUGACUCUCACACACAUUCACCCAAUCCAACAUCAACCCCUAGAUACGUUCUUUUCAGAGUUCUGAUUUGAUGUGUGUAAACAACAUGGUGAUAUCUUCCCCUUGAAUGCUCAGGGGAGCUUUCACCAUAUUUCUGACAUCCAUCCAAUCCUUUUUUUCUCCCUCAAUUUCAGAUUUCCUCUGCAUCUGGAAUACUAAUUUCCAGACUCUUCAGGCUGGCAAGGAGAUGGCAGGAAGAAUCUAUGGACAGGUAGGAAUACUCAGAAUUUAGAAUUACAUUUUUUUAACCUCAAACUUAAACCAAAUGACUCUAUACUUGUAUCUUGCACUAAAUAAGACCCACUUCACUCCUAUUUAUAUGAGUCAUGAUUCCCUCAUUUCCCCUCAGGUCUGGUGUUAUUUGGGAAAGCUGUUUGUCCCUCACGGCAAGACCCUCUCCGUCAUUCCCUACGAGUGUCAGAAGUCCUCUCUGGCCUCGUCCCUAGGGAAACUACGACAAGCUGGGAUCGCAGGUAGCGCGGAACUUCCUCAGUAAAACAGUAACCGUGGUGUUAGUCGUCCUUGACAGUGCCUGGUUGAAUCUGAAAUGGCACUCUAUUUCCCUAUAUAGUACACUGCUUUUAACAUAGGAAAUGGGAAGCCAUUUCGGAUUAAGCCCUUGUGUUAUAACACACUUUUCAUUCAGUCACUGUCAAGGACAGCUAUAUCACUCCUGUUACACUUCAUUGUAUAUGUUUCCCUCACCUAUCUAAUGUACUGUAUCUGCAAAUUACUGUCUUGAUAUUGCAUCUGAAUAGCAUCUCUUGAAAUUGUAUUAUAAACAAACAGUUUAGUGAGUGGGAUUUUAAUUUAAUUUACGCCUUUGUAGUGUCCAAAUCGUCGGUGGCUGUGCCCUCUUGGAACAGCCUACUCCAUGGGGAUCAGCCACAGGGGCCCACCAAAAUAGUGGAGACCAGGAAGAUUGUAAGUUAACCUGACUUCCAGAAUUGAUUGACCCUAACACUUUACCGCCAGAAUGGAUUAAUGUUAAUUUCACCUGUUCUGGUUGGUCCUCCCUUUGUACAGAAGCUGAGUCGGAAGAGCCAAUCAGCGCCCGCCCUCACAGUGAACCAAGUACUGGAGCUUAUCAAGGUAUUUUAGAUCAACUGUUCAUUUGAUCUUCUGUUUUGGUAGUCUCAAGCAGGUAUUGAUGUUGUACAUUGUGAGUGAAUGACAAAUGACCAGUCCCUUUCAUAGCGUAUUUAUAUCAAAUGUAAUUGUCCUCGAGGAAAUGUAAGUUGGGUAUUGACUGUGGUCAAUCUCCAACCCCUCCAGACUGGUCCAGUGGAGAAGGUCCAGAGGGAGGUGGAGGCCCUGGUCUCCAGAGGCGAUGCCCAGGACCUGCAGCUCUCGGUGGGCCAGCUGGCCUGCCAUCUGGUGGCCCGUAGCCAGGCUGAGCCAGCCUUCUACACUCCCGGGGCCCUGGCACAGCUGGUGCAAACACAGUGCCUUUGCCACAGGUGAGGGUGGCAUUGGGUUGACUGGACCUCCUAUGGCACGGGAGUAUUGGUCCUUUGGAAAGGGAGGUUUUCAGAAUGAUGGGCUAUGUUGGAUGCAUGGAACGUGAAUGUGAACAGGGUCAUCAGCUCUUGGUAGUGUUGAUGCCAUCCACUUGUUAUGCAAGUUUGGCUGUGCGUCUAGCUUCCAUCCUCUAGCAAGACAUCAGUGUUGUAGUACUUGAGACCGGUCUCAAGACCACAUUUUGAGUGUCUCUGUGUCGGAUACAUUUCUACUCGGUCUUGUCUCGGACAGUGAGGACUUAUCAUUUUUUCCCGCGACCAGCUGAGACCAUCGGAGUAAAAAAAAAUCAUAAUUAUCGGCUUCCAUUCAGUAAGCACAUAAAACCGCUUCGCCAGGCCAAAUAUAUACACUUUCUUGAAACAUGAUUAGCUGAACAGCCUUUAUAUCUAUUAUAGACAUGUUUGCGCAGUGGCGAACCUGUAGGCCUUCAGUGUAUGACAGGUUAAUGAUGCUGAAAGGACAACAACGGUAAUACCAGCACACUCAUGUUGGAGAGUGCACUUUUUGUAAAAGGGAGGCUAUAUGCCGUAUACCCACUUUUAUUUUAUGGGCAUUGUGUGUACUCCCUUAAUCCCCACUGAUGCAAAGUAGUGUAGUGGAGGCAUACGACUUAUCAAUUAUGUAGUACAAAAAGAAAUCAUGCACAAAGUAGCCUACACAAUCGCAAAGCACGUGAAAAAUAUUAAUAUGCGCGCCGCACCCAUAGCCUAGUUUCAGCGGAAUAUCAUCUGCAGGCAGCAAGAGCGCACAGUUCUCAACUGGUUUUGGCAUGGAGCAGCUCAGAAGAAUGACAAAGUAUGAUAAAUACCAGUAAAUGCUAACUAAGACAACAAUGGGUAUGGAAACCAGGUAUUGAAAAGUUUUCGUCUGAAGUCUUGGUUAGUAGGCUAUUUGUGAUGUGUAAUUCAGUCAUCAUGCCCUUUUUGCAUCAGUGGCGUGGCCCACCCACUGGGGAGCCAGGCCCACCCAAUCAGAUUGAGCAGAAAAAUAAUACAUUAUUAUUACAAAAAUACUCCUCAGUAGUACUGACCUCCAAAAUGGUCUCCUGAACAUCACAUUUUUGGUUUGUUUUUAUUAAAACGUGUGAUUUUAGCGUGCUAAUCUGAAAGAUAUAUGAAAACUAAUCAAAAACACAGGAUUUUUCACACAGGGUACCUUUCCUUCGCUGGGCAGGCAGUUUGGGAAUUUGUUAGCAAAAUUUGAGUAUACCCACUUCUCCAGGCACCACUGCAAAGGGCCGAUGGAAAGACAGCAUUCACACACAGCAUAAUGUUAAAGGAUAAGCAGUCUAUAAACUUCGACAUAAUAAGCCAGUAGGUCCCAAUCAUGAGAAUACAAAAACACAACCAUUAGGCUAAUGUACGACUAUUACUUCCCAUUGCAAAAAACAUUUAAUGUUUAGCACACAAAGAACCGGUGACCUAAAGCUGCAAUAAAAACACAAUUCCACUCACCAAGAUGAUGAUCAUUUGAAACUUCACUUCUUGUUGUAAGUUAUUCUUGAAAAGGGAGAAGCUAACAAAUUAGGAACAACAUCCUCUUUGAUAACACCUGCUGCAGCCUCUGCAAACUAGCCUACAACAAAAGAUGGCUAGCUAGACCGUGGGAAUAUUACUGCUCCCUAUCGUGCAGUGACCUGUUGGCCUUUGAGAAGGCAAAGUUUCCAUAAGUUUUUUUGUAAAAACGGCCCCACCCAUUACAAGUCAAAAUGUGAUUGGUUGAUUAUAGUCACUCCAAAAUGUUGCCCUAAAACAAUUGAAUGGCAGAUGCCUUCUAUCUAGCUUCUGAUGGCCUAGCCAAUGGCUGACUUAGCUAGCUAGAUUUAUCUCCCCAGAGACCACUAAAGAAAAAUCCUGAUUGGAUCUUUUUUUCUCUUCAGUGUUAACUUUCCCUUGCCAACAAGAUCUGAAGAGAUUUAAAUCAGAACAUCAUUGAAAAUAAUAAUGUAAUUAGAAUUAUUAUUGUUAUUAUAAUUAUUUGAUAAAUCCUUAGCCCUUCUCUGAAGGCGUAGAAGGCCCUCAUUGUUCCCCACUGAGUUUUGGUUAGUAAUAAUUUGUAGAGUGGCUCUAUUUUCCCUCAGCAUGCAUUUUUUUCACCAUUCUGAAUCUCUAAAGAAUCCAUAUGUUCUUCUGAAAUAUGUGCACAAAAAUACUGGACAUUUUGAACUCUUAUGGUGGCGAUUUGACAAAAUUACAAUCAUGGUCUUGAAUUUGACUUUUUCUGGUCUCGGUCUUAAUUCUGUCUCUGACCCCCUUGUCACCCUCCCGGUCUCUGUCUUGACUCCGUCUCGCCCCCCCCCCCCUCCGGUUUUGGUCUUGACUCUGACUCUAUUUUCUCCGGUCUUGGUCUUGAGUCGGUCUCGCUUUAGGUGGUCUCGAACACAACACUGCAAGACGUCAUAGGUGAAUACAUUAUGGUGGGUGGGUUCCUAUCCAGUUUCCUCGCCUAUCAGUAACAAUGACCGAAAGAAGACUAGGAAAGGAAGCUUUUUAUAGUAUUUUCACACAGCCCAUUGUUGAGCCCCUUGGUUUGGUUCUGACCUGUUCUAUGUGUCUUUCUGCAGUGUAUGUCCUGACCUCCUGCUGCUGGCUCUGGAGCACAAGGACUACUUCCUGUGUCAGCUCUGCCUGCAGCUCUUCCCAGACAUCCCUGAGGUGGUCACGUGUGCCUGCCUCAAAACCUUCAUCAGGUCAGUCUAAGUCGAUGGUGUAUGGGGCGCCUUUUGUAACAACCUACUGUAUACGUUGUGAAAAAUAUGAAUUCUGGUGAAGCUUGGGCUAGUGUUUCCUGCCAGUGCUGGAGCUUGGUUAUGUAUUUGUUAGCCUAAUUGUUGUGCUCUGUUUUGAUGGUAGAAGUUUCUACUCAUUGUGUACAAUGCAUAUUCUUUCCACCACAUUGUAAACCAAGCGGUCUCUUUGUGGCUGUGCUUUUAAAUUAUGUUUAUUUUGAAGUGCUUUAUUUCUGGAACUUGUUUUGUUUGAACCAGUUCCAAUGCUUCCAAGUCUUGUUACUGCAAAUACAUAGUUUGUCAAUUCAUAUAAAUAGCCUGAAAUCAGGAUCAUUGUUGUAACGGCUGUGCGUGUCUCUCUCCCUCAAGUGUGCCAGACGGCGACGUGGAGAUGGUGAGUCUGGAGCCGGACAGCGUGUCAUUCAUGGAGGGCCUGGUGGCGGCGGGGGCCCGGGGGGGCCAACAGAACGGCUUCAGCCCCCCUCUGUAUGAGGAGGACAGCUGUGAUGCCCACCACCAGCCCAAUCCUCCCCAGGACCAGGAUAAGAAGAACCCCACACUGCAGCUAGAGGCCUGCCCCGUGGGUCUACACAAGGCUGUGCUACUGUAUCCUUUUGUAUAGUCUGGACAACCAUUACCCUAAACACUAUUCCAUUGCAAGACUACAGUAAUAUCUGAUAAUGUCAUUAUUGAUUGAAAUGUGUAUUUGAUAGACAUCGACACAUAGAAUCAUCAAUAGUCAGAUGGCUUGAACCAACACAAAGCUGUGUUACUGUAUCCUCUCACUAUAGGUUUCUUGAAUGGGUUGUUCAUUAAUAGGGAUAGAUACAAUGACACAUUUCAUUGUCAACAGUCGGCUGCAAUGCACCAUCAUGUUUACCUUGCGCUAAUAUACAGCACCAGUCCAUAGAAAGGAGACUCUUAAACCUGUGUGGAGGUGUUAUAACUUAACUGUGCUGCUGUAGUAAUGAGGUCCUGCAGACACCUUAUAGUGACAACUUUCUGCUCCCCCACCUGAAGGACCUCAACUCUCAGCAGGUUAUUGUGAGUAGCUACCUGUCUCAUCUCCUUGACAAUAUGCCAUAGUUGGGAUCAAUUCCAUUUCAUUCAAGUUGAUUCAGGAAGUAAAUUCCCAUCUUCCUCAUUGAAAGACUGAUUGUUGCAUCCUUCUGUUUCCUUUCCUCUCCCAGCUCUUUCUUCAGUACCUCCAGUUCGUCUAUUUGAAAUAUUCCCAAGACGUCUACGCGCAACCGCCCAGUUUGAGAUCGCCCACAAUGACACAGGUUGGUAAAUGGAAGCAUUAAAGUUAUACAAAAUGCAUAUAAUUAUAUUGUAUAGCAUUAACCUAAAUGUGUGGAUUCUGAAUUUCCUUUUUCUUUUCUAGAUCAUUGACUGGGUGUGCUUGUUGUUGGAUGCUCAUUUCACAGUCUUGGUCAUGGCUCCUGAUGCCAAAGGAUUGCUGUCAAAUCUCCACAGCUUUGUCAAGUCCCAGGUAUAUGCUUUCUCUUUGGUCCUCACCGCAAAUGAUAGUUGAGCAUUUUUGUCAUAAUGGUUCCCUUGAUAACAACUAGUGUAAUUUGUUUGAUAUUUUUAUUGCCGUGAUAAUAAAACCCGUUGAGGCACCCAGGGAGGAAUGUUUACCUCUUCAGUGGUUUAAAACUGGAAAAACAAGUGUUGUUGCAAUUAUAAAUGGUAGCCGUUUUAAGGUAGACUCAGCGUUAUGACGUUGCCAUGAGCAGCAUCGCCGAUGUUAGGAUGAGCACGAUGCAAGACUUUGCAGUCACACAAAGUAUCUGCGUAUGUGCAAUGGUUCGCUCCACGCUGCUAAAACGUGGUAGCUACGGGACCAACCCACCGGAGAAGUUUAGCCUCACACUUCGACGCUUUUAGUUGUUGCGGAAAUUGACACACAACUGCUGUUUACUUUGUGCAUCUGUCAUCUCGCUGACGCACAUACUGUAUAUGGUUCUUCAUUGUAAGGGUUAAUUUAACAUCUAUCCCCAUCUACCCAUUCCAGGUGAAACUAUUCUCUGAACUGGGGAAGAUCGAGGGCAGCCUUCAAGAGCUCCACAAAAUGAAGCCGUCGAAGGACAUCAGCCAGUACUCCAUAGAAGUCAUUGAGCUCUUUUAGACUAUAUUUACAGAUUAUUUCUAAUAAAACUCUGCCGUUGACCUCCUCCCCAUUUCUCUUGGUCAGUUGCAUCGUUGUGUUCCACUUUGUUUUCGGUAUGCUACCAAAAGGUCCAUGGUUCAACUGCUGUAUCAUACCUACCUACUGUAGAUAUCUACACUGGUCCCAGAUCUGCUUGUGCUUUCAACGACGACCAUAGGAAUUGGCUAUGCAGCGCACAAACAGAUCUGGGAUCAGUCUAGUAGAUUCCCAGAUGUGUAGAGCAAAUGAUUAUCUAGUUCUGAACUGUGGCAUUGCUCAGACCUAGGACCCCAUAGCCAUGUGAGUUGUAUUUGUCUGUAUAACCUGAGGGCGUGUGUAGUAUAAAUAUUUGCUAAUAUGAAUUAUGCAGAAAACGAUAUAGUCCCAUGAUAUUGCAACAUGGCAUAGAUACUUUUAACCUAUGGAACAUACUGCCCCUUAUAGGAAUAUACUGACAUGUCUAAAAAUGGAAAUGGGACUCAACCUUCCAUAUGGUUGACAAUCUUGUGGUUAAA